AUGGUGAAAUUCUUUCUGCAAAGAUUGAGUUCUCUAAAAUUGCAAGAAGCUUCUCCAAGUCUGCAAGAUCAAAUCCAAAAGCUCAAGAAUAGACUUGAGGAGAUUGUAAGCUUUUCCGGAGAUAUAGGUAGUACUAGUAAACAAGAAGAUGGAUUGGUUUGCAAUUGGCUGGGCGAUUUGAUAGAAACAUUACAUGAUGCGGAAAAUUGUAUCAAUGAGUAUGUCACUAAGGCUAGAAGCCAAGAUGGGUCUGAUCAGGCACUGUCAAUUGUGCAGUUUUGCGGUGAAUUGGGGAAGAUCAAUGCACGUAUUGCCGAAAUUUUGCGCCAAAGAUCCCAACUCAUUAUGCCACCAACAUGGAAAGCGACAGAAGAAAUUGGGCAAAGUUCUUCUGGUGAUAGUGUUGAUGUAGUAGGUGAGGAAUCUCUUGCCCCCUUUGCUUUGAAUUAUAGAAACUUGCCUUCUUACCUUAGAUCCUGCUUGCUCUACUGUUCUCUCUUCCCUGAGAAAAUAAGUAGAGGAAGAUUGGUUCGGCUCUUGGUGGCUGAAGGUGUUUUACAAGGAAGACCAGGGGAAAUCAUGGAGGAAAUUGCUGAAGAAAAAAUCAAGGAAUUGGUUGGCCAAGGAAUGCUUCAGGUUAAAAUUGGUUUCAAAAAUAAAGUCAAAGUUGUCGACCCUUAUCAUAAAAUUUGUCUACUUAAGAUACAACAAGGAGAUUCUAUCAGUCAGAGUCUGUUUUCCGAUUCUAAAUUUCCUCAGAGUUCCUGCAUUGUUGUCAUCCACCAUCAUGGUGAGACUAUCACGACAAGCUUCAAUGAUCACCCAAUUGGAUCAUUAUAUGUCUUUUCGUAUAAUGAGGGCAUUUUUGACAACCACUGGUCCUGCAUAACAAGUGCCUUCCAUAACUUCAAAUUUUUGAGGGUUUUGGAGAUUGAGGAUCUUAAAAUUAAGAGCUUACCAGAAGAAAUAGGAGAUCUGAUACAGUUGAGGUAUCUAGGCUUGAAACAUUCAGCAUUGAAUGAGAUUCCAAAGAGCAUAGGCAAUCUUCAAAAUCUACAAACUUUGGAUAUUAGAUGGCUUAAAAGUCUGAGGGGAUUGCCAAGUGGAGUUCUGGAUCUUCUACAUUUGAGGCACCUUAAGUUGCCAGUGAAUGAAAUUAAAGUCCCCUCGGGUAUAAGCAUAUUAACUAACCUCCAGAGCUUAACUGGUUUAUUUCUAAGACAUGGCUUCAUUGAAGAAUUAAGGAGUUUGACUCAACUCAGGAAACUGGAAUUGAUGGAUGCAUCUGUAGAACAUGCCAGUGAGCUCUCUGCUUCUAUUAUAAAGAUGACAAGACUCGUGUCUUUAUCUCUACAUACAAGAGGUUAUGGAAAGGAUGAAUUGUUGCCCACACUGGAGCCAUUUUCACCAUCCCCAUCCAUAAAAAACCUUUGCCUAAAUGGGCGUCUAAUGGAUCUACUUGACUGGGCAUGCUCCAUGGAGAGCCUCACUAAGCUAAGAUUAGGGUUUUCCUUUCUAUCUGAGGAAGAACUUUCUGUACUUCAAUUUCUUCCCAACUUGAAAAAUCUGACAUUGUGGAGAGCUUGCGAGGUCAAAGUAAUAAAAAAAGACUUUAGCAAGGUGGGUGGGUUUCCUAAGCUACAGGUACUUCUUAUUGCUUCUAGGAAUCUACUAGAAUGGACAGAGAUUGAAGAAGGGGCAUUGCCAAGCUUAGAAUUCCUCCGCUUCCACGAUUGUCCACGGUUGAUGAUUCUUCCAGAAGGACUGCAAUAUGUCAGCACACUAAAAGUACUGGAGAUGCUUCCCUUGCACCCAGAUCUUGAACGGAGGUUGAAACGUGAUGGAGGCAAACAGAAUUACAAGAUCAAACACAUCCCACAAGUACAAUUUUUCUCUUCAUCCCUACGCACAUGGGUUGUGAUGUGA